AUGACGAACCCCUCUAUGAGGCAUUUGCUCGCUUCAAAGCCCUUCUCCGAAAAGUGCCCUAACCAUGGUUUCACCGUGGACCAUCAGGUAGGAAUUCUCUAUAAUGGGUUUAACGAGAAAAUCCGUGCUAUGCUUGAUUCAGUUGCAAAUGGAGGGUUCUUACGGAAGUCAGGUGAGGAAGCCAUGGCUGUGAUAGAGGAAUUCGCCACCAACAGCAGGGGGUGGUCGAAAGAAAGGCAUAACCUAAAAAGGAUAGUUGCAGUUGAAGAAGCCGAGGAAAGCUCUUUUGCAAAAGAAUUGGCCGAGCUUCGAGUUUGGGUGGACCAAAUGGAUUCAUCAAGGAAGAAGGACCCGAUUCCACCAACCUCCAUUAUAGCAGUCUCUAAACCCGAAACUCCUACCCCGACAGUGGAGGAAAUCAACUACAUGCAAGGAGGCGGUCCCAAUAGAAAUUACAACAAUAAUUAUCGCCCUAACCAGGGGGGCGGUAAUUUCAAUAAUUAUAAUGGAAACCGACCUCAUCCUAAUCUCUCUUGUUCUAACAAUAAUUACUUGCGACCCCCCGCAGGAUUUAAUGUUAGCAAAGGAGAAUUAGUUGAGACACUCAAGAAGGAGGAAAAGUAUGAACAAGGGAUCACAAGGAUCUUGGAGGUAAUCGCGCAAGACAUGAAGGUUAAUGACACCAAGAUCGAAGUGGUCGAAGCUAGAAUAAACAACCUCGAGCAGGGAAUGAACACGAUCUCAACUGUCAUAGCCAACAUCAACACGCAAAUGGAGCAAAUCCAAAAGAAGUUAGAUGAGGACAGGGCAAAGGCAGCCGCACGAGUGGACGAAGUCAACAAAAAGUGGAUGGCAAAGCAGAAAACUUUUUCUGGGGACUGCCUAGUCGCCGGCGGACCGCCGCACACCACGCAGCGGACCGCCACUGAAGCACAGAAUAGAGUAUGCCCAGCCGCCGGCGGACCGCAACACACUACGCGUCGGGCCGCCACAGAGAAGGCAGAAGCACCCGCUCAGCAGGGACUCGUGCGGCACAAUGGGAUUGUGCUACCUUUCCAGCCAAAGAGGAAGUUUAAGCUCGAAGAGCAGUUCAAACAUUUUUUAAACAUUUUUUGUAAAGUUCAUACUAACAUUCCUUUAGUUGAAUCGUUGCAGGAAAUACCUAGGUACGCAAAGCUACUAAGGGAGACGGUGAUGAGGAAGAGAAAGCCAACAAAAGCCGACCUUAAGCUACCACAUCAUUGGAGCGAGAUCAUCCAAAAGGAGAAGGCAGUGAAGCAGAGAGAUACGGGUCAAUUCAUUAUCCGAUGCCGGAUUGGAGAGGGAAAGGUUGACAAGGCCCUAUGCGAUCUAGGAUCUUCCAUCAAUCUCAUGCCGCUGAAGUACUACGAAAAGCUCAACAUUGGGCCACUCAAAACUUCAGACGUAACACUCAGGUUGGCCGAUAACUCGACCAUAAAACUUUUGGUAUGA